AUGGGAAAUGGCUAUAAUCACCAUUUUCAUCACCAGAACCUGCAUAUUCACCACCGGACGAUCUUGCCUAUGCUUUGUUCAACGCCGUCCAUCAAAGACGUGGCGGUUCCCAUAAGGAAAAGCCGAUCUACGGCCGUUUCUAACGACCCUUUGUCGCCUAGGAUCGGCUGCAUGGGCCAAGUUAAGAGAACCAACAAGAUAGUCGGCUUCCCUUCUUCUCAAAAGCUCAAACUUUCCGCUAAAACCAACAACAACAAUGUCAAGUACUUCAAACUGAAGAAGCUCUUUUCCGGGAAAAAUCUCACUGCCAAUACAAACAUUACAACUACUACUAAGACAAAGAUUGAAGAUGUUAAAGAGGGUAAUAUCAGUUUUAAGAUAGUCGAAAUGGAUCCUCCUUUGCCGGUGAUCAAGAAGGCGGCAAGACCAGACGAUAAAGUAGAUGAAAACAGUCUUUGGAAAAGGAGAGCAGUUGGGGGUACAUUGAAGAGCUUACAGCUGCAGCAUCUUCAAAUUCCAAGGCACCGACUUGAAUUAUCAACUCUUUGA